CGCCGCGAGCCUGCGGUGAGCCUGCAACAUCCUGCGACGAAGCGUUCCUCGUGACACACGAGGCGCAAGACAGACGCGAUUUCUCGAGUUUUCUGCCCGCAGUUUUUCGGAGUCGCGAAGGCGCCGCCAUCCUAUUCGACGUACAGGGGAUAGAUGCACUCUGAGGGAGUCACGAAAGCCUCUCUUCUUUCCGCGCCUUUUCGGCUGGGGCGGCUCCUCUCUCGUCUGCUCCUCACCUUGUGCCUCUCUGCCGACGUUUAUCUUCUUCGAAGGAUUUGCAGGCGCAUGCCUGCAUGUCUUUGUAUCGCCUCUAUUUCUUCCGAGCUGGUGUAUGGCGCAUCUGGGAUGGGGAGUUGUUCGUAAUUCUUCUGCACCGAACCAGCCGCACAAACUCCUUCUCGGCCUCUCCUGACGAACGCGCGACUUGCGCGAGCUGUAUGGACACUCGAGAGCGAAACGGCCCUUUCUAUCGCUCCGCAAAAUUGUGGCUUUCCUCGUUUUCUCCUCCCUCCUUGCUUCUCUCUCUUCUCUCGUGCGAUGUGUGUCGCCUGUCGUCUUCUUCUCUCUUCGCUUGCAGUUGUUUUUUUUCUUGUCUGCGCCGAACCGUGGACUCUUCCUUCUUCGUCUUCACGGUCCGCUGCACGCGACAGAUCUUCGCUCUUGUUUCCAGAAAACUCCCUGGCGGACAGUCCACCUUAGUGCUUUUUUAGCGGCUUGCGGUCUGGACCUUUUGUGGCAUCACUGCUCUUUCUUGGACUCCACUCUUUCCCCAUGAGUUUUUCUCUCUAAGUCCCUUUCUGCCUUCCCUCUCCACCCUCAUCGGUCUGUGUCUCCUUCGCUGAACCUCCUCUGUAUCUUGCUGUCUCAGUUCGCGUCUCUCUGUUUCUUCUCUCGCUCCUCCAAACGCUCUUCUUUCCAAGUCCCCUCUCUGUUCUUCCUCGCCCCGCUGUCUCUCGCUCGUCUCCUCACCUCCCGCGCUGCGAAGAUGCAGAGGCGAACGUCGUGUACGGUUGCUGGCUUUCCACAUCUGAGGCCAGACACAUCGUUCAUGGAAGCAGCCAGAAGAUGUCCGGCGCAUGCAGAGAAGCGCGGAGACCGGCCUCGCGUUUCGAGGCCCUCCCCACUGCACGUUGUUUCCGCGCGCGGAGACAUCUCGCAGGUUCAGGCGCCGCCACGACCUGCAGAAGAAAGAGAAGGAAUGCAGCCUCUGGGAGAGGAACAGAAUGCCGCAGACGGGAGACGAAGAGGAUCUGAAAGAAGCGACAGACGAGAGGAGAGCGAGAGGAUGCAAGACGAUCCCCGGGGCGAGAAGGAUCAGGUUUCUGCGCGAAUUGAAGGGGAAACACACUCAGAUUUGGUGCCGAGAGAAAAGAUUCUUUCGAAUUUCGCGCCUUCCGGUGUCGCGUCUGUCAGUGUUUCAACUCGCGCAGCAGCAGGUCUGUCGAAAACGUCUUGUCCCAAUCAAUCUUCCCCUUGCUGCUCGUCUUCCACUCUCUCUGCUCCGUCGAAUCCGUGUGGGGCGUCUUCUCUCCCUUCUUCUUUCUCUUCGUCGCCUUCGUCUUCUCUCUCACCCUCCAACUCUUCUUCUUCUCCCUCUUCUUCUUCGUCUCGUUCUUGUCUCACCACUCUCUCCAGUGUCAGUUAUGUCAGGUAUACUGGCUGUCACAGGCAUCCUGGGAGGGGACCUGUGAGCUCCGCGGCUGCUUCUGUCCUCUGUUCCGUUUCUCGUCCUUUCCUCUCCUCAGUGCGUUCUCGACCCUACGUCCACGACUGCGAGGAGGCCCAGUCUCCCCACACUUCGCCUUCUCUUUCCUCGUUUUCUCUUCUUUCGACGUCUCCGAAGCAAAUGUCGCUCUUCUCUCUUCGUGCCUCUCUCCUAGCGGUUCUCCUCAUUCUCUUCUCUUCGUCCGCCUUCCCUCCCUCGUCCUCCUCCUCGUCUCCCGCGUCUCCGUUUCCGUCUCUGGGUGCUUUUCCAGUGGAACGACAGACGCGGUCUCUGCGCUUUUUCUCCCGCUCCCUCACUUCGUCGUUUCUGCUUUUCGCGGGGGCUGAGGAGGUCGUCCUCGGGAGAGAGUCGUCUCUGGGAGACGACAGCGACGAGGAUCUCUUUGAAGAGCUCCUGGGUGUCGACGAAGAGCCGGCGUCCACGGAAGAGGGAGAAGACGAGCUCUCCGAAGUUGCGCGAUCUCCAGCGAAAGAAGACGAACCGCGCCCGCGCGAACAGUUUGAAACCAACGAAACAAGAUACAGAGAUCCAUUCGUCUUUGCCAUGGACACCUUGGAGCUGGAAGGACGAAGCAAACACGUGUACGAUCUGCUUUCUCAGUGCAGUUUCCGCGACGUCAGAUGUCAAUACGAACUUGGAGUUUUUUACUUUCUUGGGGUGCCUCCGCUCCCAGGCAGAAACUUGACGGCGACGCUUGUGUUGUGGCAUGUAGCUGCGCUGGGAGGAAGCGCAGAUGCACAAUACGGCCUCGCUCUUCUUCACUCCAAUCUCCGGGACCUCCCUCCUUUGCCUUCCUUCCCUUCUGCUUCGUCUUCUUCUUCUUCCGCGUCUUCGACCUCAGCGGAGGCGAAGCAGGAAGCCACUCAGCAGGCGGCCUCGUCGUCCAUCCUUCCAGCCGUCCGCGUCAACCGAGACUGGACUCUGGGCUUGGAAGGCGACGCUUCGGGACUGGAUUUCUCGGCGAUCCGCUUAUAUUCGGAGAACUUGGUUCGGCAGCACGAGGCCGCGGAGGCGCGGCAGGCGAGUCUCUGGCGGCUGCCUCUCAGGGCGUUCGAGCGCUCUCUCAGUCUCCUGUUGACGGCAUGGCAGGGACUUCUGGGGCUUGCGCCUCGCGGACUCAGCGACGCAGAACUGAAGUCCAUUUUCAGUGUCUCUCUUCCUCAGGGAGAAAAAUCCGACAGCAGCGCCAUGCACCUUGCGCGAUCCCAGCCGUCUGCGCCCUCGGCCUCGGCCGACGCUGAGAAGGAUUCUGUUCGCUUCGACGAGACCGGGGAGACUGGACGACAGGCUGCGAAGAACGCAGAAGGUGAAGGCGCAGAAACGGACGAGCUUCCCGUUCGAUCGCUGCCGAAUUUCGCUGCAAACCCAGGCCUGCCGCUCGCGUUUCUCUACGCCGCGUCAACCAGUGGGCACCCAGGAGCCUCCAUGGCCCUCGCCGCACGCAUGCGCUUCUCCGCAGCGACUGUGCCUCUUCGCCAGUCACAAGCGUGUACGGGGGCGGCCAACUUCUACCUACCCUACGCCAAACGCGUCGCCAUGUCCUACGGGGCGGGCAUUCCGCAGGCGCCGGAGCUCCUGCGCUUCCACUCGGCGCCGAUGAGCGUCAACAGCCACCAGUCUGGAGCAGAAGAAGGUCUCUUUCGCCUCCUGCCUUCUUCGCUCUCUGCCGGGUCUGUUGACCGGGGAGAAGGGCAAGCAGGCGCGCGGCCGGAACGGCUUACCUCUCCUCUCGCUCGGCUGCAGCAUUACUCCCCUGACCUGGAGCUGUUCUUUGAGCUUGCACACGGCAAUUCUGCGAUGCAACUCGCUCUGGGCAAACGACUUUUGUUCGGAGUCGACGGCGUCGAGCAAGAUGUGGAGAGAGCGAGAGAAUUUCUUUCGGAGGCGGCGAGCGCAGGCAGGUCCGAGGCCAGAGCUCUGCUGGGCUACUUGGACGCCCUGGGAGUCGGACGAGAGGCGAACGUCACGGCCGCCGCCAUUUCCUUCCUCGAAGCUGCAGCAGAAGACGCCAACCCUAUCGCGCUGAAUGGCCUUGCAUAUUUGCAUUUCUUUGGGAGCGACGUCGUGGACAGAAGCGAAUUAACGGCGUUCCACCUGUUCAACAUCAGUGCGUCGCGUGCACUCCCAGACGCAGAGGCGAAUCUCGCGGCCAUGCAUCUCACUGGCCACGGUCCGCCACAGUCCUUCGUGAAAGCCAUGCAGGCUUACACCCGAGCGCUCCAGGGUGGCAGCACAGGCGCGGCCUACGCCCUCGGACUUAUGCACCUCAACGGUCUUGGCGCAGUUCGAGACUGUUCAGUCGCCGCUUCGCUUCUCAAGCGCGUCUGCGAAAAAGGAGGAUUCGUCACCAAGCAUCUGCAGAAAGCUUACAUGCACUACGAGCAAGGCCGCUUCGACGAGGCAGCCUUUCAUCUUCUUCUUCUCGCUGAGGCAGGUCACGAAGUUUCGCAGACGAACUUGGCUUUCAUGUUCGACAGCGGCUUGACAGACCUCUUCUUCGAUGGAUCGCUUGCGAGAAAGCGGCUGCAUGCGCAGCGCUUCUACCAGCUGGCGGCGCACCAAGGCUCGCCGUUGGCCGAACUGCGGUUGGGGGACUACGCGUACGCGGGGUACGGCGUUAGGAAGGAAAUUCGAGCGCGCCAUCCGUCCCGGCCUCUCCUCGAUGACGAAGGCAAUGAUAUGAGUGAAUGGAUCAGCGAGACGUACGAGGCCUACACACCUGCUGUACCGAACCCGCGCCUCGCUGUCGGUCACUACCUGCGCGUUGCCGAGAUGUCCACCGACGAGGCAUGGCUGGCGCCGUAUGUCGCGAAGGCUUCCUUCAACCUCGGUUUCAUGAGGUUGACCGGGAUUGGACUCCAGCAGGACUUUGGUGUUGCGAAGAGUCACUUCGAAAGGAGUCUGGAAGCUGACGCCACUGCUCCCAAGGCACCGGUCUACCUCGCUCUCGGACUCCUCAUGCUUUUGCGUUUCCGACAAGAAGUGGAUAUGAAAAAGGUUGUCGAGGAGCUUUUGGAGGAUCCCCGCGUUGUGCUGCUUUUGCUGAUGUUCGUCAUCGCGAUUUGUCUCUUGGUCUUGCGCCUUCUAGCCAAAAGGCUGCACCCGCCUCCCAACGACCUUUUCUUCGCCUACGACUCUCGCCACAGCCCCGCGCCUCCCCCCUCUUCAACAACAUCUUCCUCAUCUUCCUCAUCUUCGUCGUCUUCGUCUUCAUUCUCUUCUUCUCGGCCUCCAGACGACUCGGAGCUCUCAUCGGCGGCAGCGAGCAGUCCAGCCGAAGCGUCUCUCCCGUCGCUCUUUGAGUCCCGGCUUCGGAGCUCGCAGUCAGACCUGCGUCAACGGAGAUCCGGUCCAGACUCUAAUCUGUCUUCCUCUUCGUCCUUCUCUUCUUCGGCCUCUCCUUCCUCUUCGUCCUUCUCUUCUUCGGCCUCUCCUUCCUCUUCGUCCUUCUCUUCUUCGGCCUCUCCUUCCUCUUCUUCCUUCUCUUCUUCGGCCUCUCCUUCCUCUUCUUCCUUUUCUUCUUCUGUCUCUCCCUCCCUGGCUUCUGUCCGCUCUGCGAUCUCUGCUUUUCCUCUGGACGCCAAGAGCGACGAGGCUUCCGCGGCCGAGCCGCAGGGUGAGGCGCGGGUGUCUCCGCCGGUGGCCGCUGUCUCUUCGAGCACCUCCGGUUCGGCUCCGGUUUCGGAUUCCACCGGAUCCGCGAGCAGCGAGCGACUGCUGAGAGCGCAGCUGCUGGAGGCGGCGGCGGCGAGACGAGGCAGAAGCGCCGAUUUCUCACAGGCUCAACAGGCAGACGUAUCUGCGUCCGAUGAUUUGUGAAGAAGACGAAGAAGCCAAGGACUGCAGCAAAGAGAUUCGGGUGUGAGCGCAGCUGUGAUCCCGGAAUUGCCUUCUCUGACGCAGUGCAAACCAGUUGGUAAACGUACCUUUCGACUCGCCUGUUCCUGACGACCGAUGUUUGGUCGAGUUUGAUUCUAAUCCAGCGUCGGGAGCGACUCCGUUUCCAAGCUCGUCUCGGCGACUGCGGAGCUGAAAGGGCGCGCGCAGACCGGCGCGUGGAAGCGGAGAUUGUUCGCUGACCGCGAGACGUCCUGCGCAUCCAGCGACUUCUCCGAAAACACAGCGAACAAAGCUACCUCGGACUCACAUUUCAAGAGCCUGUGAAGGUUGUUCGAAGUUCGAGCGACUGGAGACGGCGUCGGAGAGACGUUGUGUCUACUCCUACUAGCUCGAGGUCGCCUGCGACGCGCAGACGGGUGGAUACGUAGAAGACAGUGAAGGCUUCAAAAAAAGCCGAUGAGAUGCACUGCGACCCAGAAGGGAGAGAAAACCGGGUGGACUGUGAGGCGUCAGGAGAGCUCGGAACUUCCUUGAGUUCUGUUCUGCGUCGUUUCGUCUGCACUGCUGCGGUGUACGUGGAAAAAGCAGUGACGGAUCUCCAUUCCGGAGACCUCAGUGCCCACCAGCGUCUGUUUCCUACAGCCUGUUUUGCCGGGAGUGACGGCCGCUGGGCGAGGAGUCUUUCGAGUUUUCGCUGUGUUCGCGCUGGGACCUUUUGAGGCGCGCCACACUUGGCCGAUGUUCCUGCACUCCAACGCGCGGGGAUACGAUUCUUUGUCGCCUCUUUUUUCCUCGUCAAAACGCGACCAGGGGCGCUGUGCAGGCGUAGUCGUGGAAUGCCGUGGAACAGAGCCAGCCAGCCUUUCGCUCCUUUUAUCGGGAGAAGUCGCGCUCCUCUCCCAGAGGUCGUCUUCCUGGUCUCUUGGCAAAAGGGAGGGGACGAAGCGCUUCUGUUUAUGCACCUGCGCUGGCACAACCUGCAGGCGUCAAAGGGGACGCUCGUUCAGAUGGCUGAGAAGACUUGAGAAACGCGAAAAGAAGAGAGACGUGAGGAGGCUUAAAAGGCCAGUUUCGUCAACGCUUCCGCUCUCCUCGAUCGAUCACGUGUCUGGGGGUUCUUGGAGAUCCUCCCGAGGGCGAGGAGAGACUGUUUUUGAGCGAAAAGGUUUGGAAGUUGUAGACCCUCCAGAGUGAGUGAAAACAACGAGGGUGCAGUGAAGAUAUUCUGGUAAUGCGUCUGAGGAGACGGUCCACGAAACUCGUUUUUCUGCGUACACGCUCCAGUCAAGAGGUGACCCCAGGUCGUCCGCUGUGCGUCGUUGUUCGUCCUACUUCUCGUUUCUAGGCAAGUGCUCUGAUUGCCGGCGACAGUUUUGAAUCUCCAGAGGAGACGACGGGAAGCAUGCAAGCGAACCAAAGUCAAAGCGGUCGCGGGUCUCCCGGAGAGAACCUCCGCGCCGACGCUGUGUGUCUUCAAAAGUCAACUUGGCUCUCGAAUUUUCGUCAGACGCCGCUGCUCACGAUCACAUAUGUAUCCACCUGCCG